CAGAACAACUGCGGUUAAACAAGUAAGUAUUCUUCCUUUCUUUCUCUUUCUUUAGCUCACAUUAACACCUGUUUCUUCUCUUUUUUUCAGCUUAGUUAGACAGUAAUCAACGAAGAAAAAUGGCAGAAAGUAGUUUCAAGUUAUCAUUUUCUUCUUCUGCCCGUGAUGCAAACGAGCUGCCCACUGACUUCAAGUUCAUGAAGCUUCUGGGAGCGGGCAGUUUUGGAAAAGUGGUGAGGUGUUUGAAGAAAGACACCAAUCAGACCGUGGCUGUUAAGAUCCCCAUGUUUCUGGAAGAAGACAGCACUGAGGUUUCCACAAUGGAAAAGUUAAUGUGCCUGAAACUGGACCAGUCCAACAUCAUCCAGUUCUUAGGCUGGUUUGAUACCAGUGUUGGGAAGGCCAUGGUGUUCGAGUCUCUCGACAUCAGCUUGGAGGACUUCAUCCGAAAGGGAAAAUGUCUCCCCAUGCAGCUGAGUGAUGUCAGUUUUAUUAUCCAGCAGCUCGCCACGGCGUUUGACGCUCUAAAGGGCAUCGGGCUGAUUCACACUGACUUGAAACUCGACAACAUAAUGAUGGUGGAUCACACGAAACGACCUUUCAGGGUCAAACUCAUCGACUUCGGCCUGACCAUGCACCGGUCAAAGACCAAGCAGGGGUGGACCAUGCAGGUGGUUCCUUACAGGGCUCUAGAAAUAAUGUUGGGCCUCCCGUUCUCUGAGGCCAUCGACAUGUGGUCGCUGGGUUGCGUGAUGGCCGUUCUGCUUUACGGCAAGGAGCUCUUCUCAGCAGACACCGAGUAUGAAGCACUGCAUGAAAUCACUGCUCUCCUGGGUGUACCACCGGACCAUCUACUUGAAAAGGGACGUAAGACUGGGAAAUAUUUCACUAAGUCUGAGUGCAACACCUGGAGACUGAAGACCCAUCAGGAGUAUUGGGGGGGACACGCAAACUCUCAUCCACAGUACCAGCCAAAGGUGCACUUCAGUCUGGACGACCUCAGGAGGGCGCAUCUGACGAGUAUUGACGAGUGCGAGGACCUGCGGACAGGAUGGGCCGUCGACCUACUAGAGGCCAUGCUGAGCCUGGACGAGGCCAAGAGGAUCACUCCCAGUGAAAUACUGACUCAUCCGUUUAUCACCAGCGGAAUAUACAGCCACCUAAUCAAGAAGAAGAGGAAGACACAGAGAACCACACAGGAUCAAACAGAGGUUCCAGCAGGUGUGAUCCUGGUCCGUCCUGCAGCAGCUGAAAACAGGCAGCUGCAGGACGGACCAGGUGGGAUACUCCAAAAGGAGGACAUUCCAGCAGGUGGUAUUCUUAAGGAGAACAUUCCAGUAGGUGUGAUCCUGGUCCGUCCUGCAGCAGCUGAAAACAGGCUGCCGCAGGACGGACCAGGUGGGAUACUACUUGAGGAGAACAUCAGGUAA